GUGAAGGCAGAACUCCAGACCGACACAGCUAUCCUGUGCAAGAAGUGGCAGUGAAAUCUUAACCGCCAAAAUGGUGAACAUAACACAUCAAGAAGCCCAGAUCAUUAAGGGCAUCUGGAAGGACUUAAGCAAGGAAGCGAUAACUGCCCAAGCCCUAGAAAGGGUGUUCACAGUCUAUCCCUGGACGACCAGGCUGUUUGGCAGCUUCAAUCAUCAUUUCAAAGCCACCGACACUGGUGUUAAAGGUCAUGCAAGCAAAGUUGUAGGGGCUCUGGAAACGGCAGUUGCUCACCUCGAUGGACUGGAUAAAGCCUUCCAUGAUCUCAGCAAGAAACAUCAAACCAUCGGAGUAGACACUCAAAACUUCAAGCUUCUGGGCCAGACCUUCCUCGUUGAGCUCGCCAUUCUGUUAAAAGACGGCUUCACUCCCGAGGUUCAUGAAGCUGCAUAUAAGUUUUUCUUGGCAGUCGCAGGAGCUCUCUCCUCCCAAUACCAUUAGAUCUGCAUCCGUCUGCAUCCUCCACCAUCUUCACGAAGUGCAAUGAGAACAUGCAUCCUUGCCUCAAUACCCUCUGUGCGCUUAAUGAACUUGUGUAACACCUGGUUCAAAUCAUGCUUAGAUAAAGGUUUCACUUUGUAUGGUAAUUUCGCCUGAAAUGUCUAUAUGCAUUCCUUCUGCUUCAAUAAAGAAACAAUCUUUCCCUCACAA